AUGCGCUCUGGUCCAACACUUUUAGUUUGCAACUUGACAGGGUUUGGCUGCCAAGACGGACAUGGAACCAGACUCUUCAUGGAGCUCGACCAGACAGACUGGACCCCAUUCUCAGCGGAUACACAGAUUGACGGAGUAAACAGCUCAUGUAUGGAGGGAUUGGUGAAUGGGAUCCGAUCCUGGGGAAUGACCCGCACUGUCGCGUGUAUUGACACGGGGCAUUUUGAGUUGGAGAGGAUGAAUCACGAGCGGCAAGUUGAGUCAAUGAGCUGUGAUCGAUGUCCAUGUUGGUUCGGUGGCGCCAUUGGAAAGAGGGGAGAUGGAGACAUGGACAACGGUCAGGCACAAGCAUUCAUCAAUUCAUUGCUUGGAUGA